AUGAGGAAGGCCAGUCACCUCGACGGCCUGCUGCAAGAGAGCUCGUACGAUAUGCGCGAUGCCGGCCGCCGAUCACACCCGCCUGCCUCUUCCGACGACCCCUCAUUGUCGACUCCCUGUGCGACGAUCAACACAUCCCGCCCACGCUCGAAACCCCACCAAACGGCUGUCGACAUCGCGGCACCUGCCCGACGUACCUUCUUCGACCCUUGGAACAGCAGUUCUACCGGGCACCAGCGCGCGGAGAAUCGCCUGUCUGGAUCGACGUCGUGGCGUGUCUCGCGCAACCUCAAACUGGGGGAACAGUACAGGGCCGGGCUGGAUGGCGGCAAGAGGGUUACAGAUACAGUGGGUGCAGGCAGUGCCGACUUUGGCAACAACGGACGCAAAGAGAACGGAACUUGGGAGCAUGGUGCAAAGGGUCUAAGGCCUCGGGGGCAAAAGAGUCUUGUGGAAGCCUGGGGUGCUUCCAAAGCGAGCAAGGCGAAAUGUCAUGAAAAAGAUAUUGCUUCUGUCAAGGUGCAAGAUCCCAAGUCGGCACAGACAGACAGACGCCAAGAUCAUUUCCAAGACUCUGAUCUUGACCUUCAGAGCUGCCGAGGCGAACUGCCUGCGCAACCGGCAGAAAAACAGCUCUUCACUGGUCUUUGUUUUUACGUCAACGGCUCUACAGCUCCCCUAGUAUCUGAUCACAAACUCAAACAGUCCCUUGCCCUCUAUGGCGCAAGACACUCGAUUGCAUUAGGUCGACGAACGGUCACGCAUGUCAUACUCGGAACCUCAAACACACGCGGUGGCGCAGGUGGCGGACUGGCCGCGACCAAGAUGCAAAAAGAAAUCGCACGAACCGGGGGCAAGGCUGUCAAAUUCAUCACUGCCGAAUGGGUCAUCGAGAGCAUCAAGGCUGGCCGCCGGCUCCCAGAAUCCCGCUUCUCGCCCUUGAAACUCGCCUCACAGUCUCAGAAUAGCGUCUUGGAGAUGCAGGAGACCAAGAAAGCCGGCCAGGGAUGA